AUGUCGCAUUCUAUAAUUAACCGAAAAUAUUUACAAAUUUCUAAAGAUCUAGUAAUUGAAAUGCGAUUGUUCCUAGAUAAUCCAUAUCCUUUAUGUCUUAGCAACUCUCUUUUACGAAAUAUUGUAGAUCUUAUUAAACCUUCAGUUAUACUUAAAUUGCAAAAAGAGCAAUUACAAAAACAAAAAAAAAAUAUGAAAGAUUUAAUUGAAGAUGAUAGGUUUAAAAUUACUUUGUUUUUCGUUCCUUCAAAAAGUUGUAAUUUUUUAUUGAAAAGGGUUAAUGACUUUGUAUUUCUUUUAGAAGAAAAAGACAAAUCUACUAUAGAUCAUUUUACUGAAAAUACAACAACUAUUACAAAUUUUGAUAUAAAAGAAGAUUCUGAGGCAUUUAUUAAACCUAUGUCUAUAAUUACGUACAAAAAGUAUAGUAUAUAUAAAAAAAUUCUUUAUGUAAAAGUUAAUUUUAAAGACUACAAAGAAAAAUGA